AUGGAUUUCGCUCCCGUUUCCAAGAAGAUUGUAGCCUUCGGCAGCAAACAGGUCUUCCUGCCCAAGUUCACUGUCGCCCUAAUCCGCACACCCAACCUUUCCCCUUACCACGCGAAGUUCCGCGUCCCCCUCAACUUCUCCAAGUACGACCUCCGCGAUUACCUUUACCACGCCUACAACGUCAAAGUCCACAGCAUCCGCUCUCUUGUCAAGCAGCUGCCCGUACGCGACACGGUCAAACAACCCCGCCACUGGUUCCGCCCAGAGAACGAGAAGUACAUGACAGUUGAGAUGGAGAAGCCUUUCGUCUGGCCGGAGACUCCAGAGAGCUGGGAGGCGUGGGGACGAAAGGAGAAGCAAGACGGCGUUUUGAAUAGCAGAGCUUACCAGGGUGUAAAGUCUGCUCAGGAUCAGAGGAUCGAUCAAAAGACACUGAGACACGAGGCUUUGAACCUGCUGAGGAAGGAACCUGCAUCUGAGGCUAAGGAGAAGAAGAAGGACGGUAAGGAGAAGACGAUCGAGAACGCCGCGCGGAAGUCAACGAAGCCAAAGAAAUUGGACGAGAACGUUUUGCGGAGAUGGGAGGAGCAAAGAACUCCUCAGAUCCUGGGUCACGAAUUGCUGGACUCCAAAAACUGGGACCGCCUCAGGCCACAAAAGUCUACGCCCUUCGGUGAAAAGAACGUGCCAAUAGUCUGA